GCUCUCCUGGACCCCGGAAGUUUUGAAUCUGAAAGUUGUUGUCCCGUGGAGCUAAAUUGUUUUCAUUUUUGAUUUUUCCAACUGUAUAUUCUUUAAACUCAUUUCUUCCGACAAGUCCUCCAGAAUCGGACUUUAAAACCUUCCGCUGUCUUCCGGCUGAGUGAGCAGGCAGCCGGGGACCGCCGCUCUCUGUCCCGCCCGGAGCAGAGCCUCAUGUCCGGCUUCGGCCUGGUCCCGGUGGACGGCGGGGAUCUGGUCCCGCUGCCGCCGGGUGAGACGGUGCUGGGCCGGGGUCCCUUCCUCGGGGUCAGUGACACCAGAGUUUCCCGCCGCCACGCUCUGCUGGAGAACCUGGACGGACAGCUGCGACUCAAGCCGACCCACAUCAACCCGUGUUUCCUCCUGUCGUCCCCGAACGAUGACCCCCGACCCCUGGAGAGGGGCUCCUGGCACCGGCUUCACCCCGGAGAUCAGUUCUCUCUGCUGCCGGGUCGCUUCAUCUACCGGGUGGCGCCCAGGUACCCGCCUCCCAGGCGUUGUCAUGGUGAUGGUGGGGCGUGUCACUACCAGGAUGAGGUUAACUACAGCGGUGCUUUGUUCUCAUGUCCUGCUGCAGCUCUAACUGCGUCUCCGUCUCUCUGCAGAAACAGUCAGAAGUUUGAGGAAGAAGACGGAGCUCUUCCCCUUCCUGCCGGGUCCGAUGCGGCGGCUCCUCUGCUGGUCAGACCGGGUCAGGAACAGACUUCCUGUCCAGACAGGAACCGGCACAGCAGCGAUUUCAGGCAGGAAGUCUCAACUCCACGUCUGGACGGCGUUCAGAGCGACGAGGCUCCGCCCCCUCCCAGGAGGCGGGUCUUACCUGCCUGGAUGAUGGCGGCUGCUGCGGCUUCAGCCUCCAAAGGCGUGAAGAGGAGUAAACCUGCCGCCUCUCAGGCCCCGCCCACUUUAUCCCCGCCACCUGAGGGGGCGGAGCUCCGUGAGGAAGACGCCGAGAGGCCGAGGAAGAAGAGUCGAGCGAUGAGCAGCGAGGAAGAAAUCCUCCCAACAGAAACAGAUGACCUCUGGGAUGAGUCAACCUCCAGAGGUCAGAUCGUACCCACCAGGUCAGGGGUCAGCUCUGCGCCGUCCCGCAGCGCAGCAGCUGAGAAAUCACAGCAGGAGGAGAAGAAGACCCGGUCUGGAGUCAGAACCGCUUGUCCCUACGGGAAGGACUGCUACAGGAAGAAUCCGCUUCACUUCCAGGAGAGCAGUCACCCUGGAGACGCCGACUACGAGGAAGAGGAGGAGGAGGAGGAAGAGCGACCGGAGUGUCCGUACGGCGCCGCCUGCUACAGGAAGAAUCCUCUCCACCGGAAGCAGUUCAGACACACGGAGCGACCCGUCCCCCGCUCCGCCGACGAUGACCCCAACGAUGACCCCAACGACGACCCCGACAGCUUCAUCAGCGACGACUCGGGCGACGACUCGGACUACGAGCCGCAGGACGACCUGCAGCGGCAGAACGAGGCGAAGGCCUUCCUGAGGAAGAGGAGGAGGUAGAGGAGGAAGAUCGGGUCACAUGACCCAUCCGGCUGAAACUCUGAUCACCAGCCUGAUGACAGGAAACACUAAAGGGGGGGGGUUUUCAAAUUAAAAGCUGUAGGUGUGGAGCCGGAAGCAGAAAAGGGAAAUGUUUUUAUUUAUUAAUGUUUCUGUUUUUUGUCCAGCAGUUUUAUUUCUGAUGCUUUUAAUGUGAAAACAUCAGGAAAUGUGAAACGAGAAUCAAUCUUUUAUUUUUAAACGGUUUCUUCUUUACUCCACUUUUUAUUUUUAAAUUAAAAGCUAAUGGGUGGGCUUUUAAUUUGAAAAGACAUUUAUUUAAAGAAGAAGCAGCUGAAGCUGUGUGACAUAAUCACAAGAAAUUUAGUUUAACAUGACUUUUAUUGUGAAAGGUCAGAGUAGAACAAAAUAAACAUUUCCUGACUUUAAGCCUCUAUUUAUUUUUCUUUCACAAUAAAAGUCUUGCCAGAUUUGAUUGGCUUUUAAUGUGAAAAAUGUAAAAAGUUUCUAAAAGUUAAAGUUGGAUGAAGACUCGUAAAAUGGACUUCUAUCAUUUUAGUUUUUAUCUUAAAUAAAUCUGGAUUCAUUUUUA